AUGCCAAUAAUUUUAUCGAUGAUAUAUAGAAGUGAAAAUAUACCGGAAAAACUCAAUACACUGUUACCAAAGCUUAACUGGGAUAAUCGCAAAUAUUUUGAAUACCAGAAUGAAAUAAACAAAGUCCUUACAACGCGCAGACAACUCUCCCCUUAUUCAUUCUCCGAAAUAGCGGAAAUAAUACAAGAAGCACAUCGAUCUAUAGCUACGACAACAAUGACAUUUUCAGGUCGUGAAAAAUGGUUCAACGUUACAUGUUUUAACGCAAGGAAAAAAUCUUUUGAAUAUUUGGAUAAAUUUAGAAAGUACGCUAGUCGUGAAAAUAGAGAAAAGUAUGUAUACUUUAACAAACGGUAUAAAGAAAUUUGUGAAAAUGCCAAAGCCCAAUAUAAUAACAGAUUGGAAAGAAAGAUAGACGAGGUGAAAGAUUCUCAUGAUUGGUGGAAGAUCGUUAGGGAGCUGAGAAACGAAGAAAGGUGUGGUAGCAUACCCGUGAAAACGGAGGACUUAAAGAAUUAUUUCCAACAACUGCUAACCCACACAAAAAAUUUUCCAGAUAUUCAUUACGCCUAUAUACACUGGAGAGAUGAUGACUUGGAUAGGGAAAUAUGUUUGAUGGAAGUUAAAAAGGCCUUAGGCAAAGCAAAGCUAAAUAAAGCACCAGGAGAAGAUCGUGUGCCAUACGAAUUUUAUAAAUACGCAACUGAUGAAUUGCUACAAGAAAUAACAUGUACUUGCAACGUUAUUUUCGAAAAAGGAGAAGUAGACAAGUCGUUCGUUAGAAGCAUUAUUUACCCAAUAUUUAAAAAAGGUGACAAAACUCUUCCCAAUAACUACCGUGGAAUAUCAUUCAUGAAUUGCUUACCAAAAGUGAUGAUGGGUAUUGUCAAAGAUCGACUGGCUAAUUGGUCAGAAAAACAUGGAAAAAUAAAUGAAUAUCAAGCUGGAUUUCGUAAAAAUUACUCUACCGUUGAUAAUUUGUUCAACUUAUCCUCAAUAAUACACUUAAACUGGCACAAAAACAAAAAAACCUAUGCUUUCUUCGUAGAUUUUAAAGCUGCGUUUGACCGAGUAUCUCGAAAAGCCAUGAUAUACAAACUUCAUACCAUAGGAGUAUCAACAAAAGCCAGGAACUCUCCAGUGAUUUUAAUACAACCACAGGUGUUAAACAGGGCUGCUUAUUAUCUCCUCUCCUAUUUGCUUUGUACCUCAAUGACCUACAUGAAUACAUUGGUGGUGCACCAGAAUGCCAUAAGCACCACUACUAAUGGCUAUCAUCAUCCCCGAAGCCAGAGUAAGAAAGAUUUGUCAAGUGGUAACUCCAAGUUUUUGACUGUCUACUCGUCAGUCGCACUGUCACAUCAACAACAAAUGAGUACGGAUAUCCAUAUUGAAUUAAUUAGUCACGACUUAAAACUGCUACUUAAACUCAACAAUGUUAUUAAUUUUGUCCCACCCUCCCUUUGCCAUCAAGACAUUCUGCUAGUGACUAAGCUAUGCGAAUGGCCGCUGCUCUACUUUGUGACUUGUUAUAGACAUUUCUGCGAAACUUUUAAUGAAACAUUUGGAAUUCAACGGAAACAAAAGCGGAUAAAAUGGAAUCUCCACAAACAGUGUGCAGGCAGCGAGAAGCAGCAGCAGCAGCAGCGAUCGUAA